GCAUCGAGUAUAGGAGUUAUAUAAAAGGUUGGCGGGUGGUGUUGGGUAGUCUAGAAGCAGACAUGAGGGUCAGAGUUUGUGUGGUUGCGGCGUGCGUGGUUGCGCUCGCGCAAGCAGGAGGUUAUGGCGGAGGAAGCAGCGGUGGCUACGGGGGCGGCGGCGGCUAUGGCGGAGGCGGCGGCGGCGGCGGCGGCGGUGCUUACGGCGGCGGCGGCGGUGCUUACGGCGGCGGCGGCGGUUUCGACGGCGGCGACGGCGGCGGAGAAUUCCACGGCGGAUUCAACCUAGAAGGCAUCAAGAGCGGCGUCGACAAAAUCUUAGAGAAAGUGCGAUCUGGCAUUGACCACAUUAAAAGUGCAGGAGGAGGUGCCCACGGCGGAGGUAGCUUCGGCGGUGCCAGUAAUGAGAAAGUAAUUUAUUCCAAGUCCGAUGAUGGUAAAUCUGGUGGUUUCGCCUUCACAGGAAGCUUUGGGAAUGGAGGCUACGGAGGAGGCGGUGGUUACAGCGGCGGUGGAUCUAAUGGAGGCCAGGGAGGGUCAGGAGGGUACGGAGGUGGCAGUGGAUUUGGAGGCGGUGGCGGUCUUGGAGGCGGACAUAGCGGUGGGGGCCAUGGCUCUGAUGGAGGAUCAGGUGGAAUCUCGUUCGGAGGAAGCGGUGGAGGUGGGAAAGGCUACGGUGGCUCGUCCGGUGGAGCCCAUGGCUCUGAUGGAGGUUCUGGUGGGAUCACUCUUGGAGGAGGAGGCGGAGGAAAGGGUGGAUAUGGAGGAGGUGGAAUCUCAUUUGGAGGCGGCGGUGGUUAUGGCGGUGGCGGCGGUUUCGGAGGCGGCAGUGAUGGUGAAAAAGGCGCGUAUGUCCAGAGUGGUAGCGGAAGUGGAGGCAAUGGCGGUGGCAUAGGAGGUGGUUUUGGAGGAGGAAGCCAUGGGGGAUCAGGGCAUGGUGGAUCAAGCGGUGGAUCUGGAGGUUAUGGAGGUGGCGGAUCAGGAGGAUCUGGUGGGCACAGUGGAUCAGGUGGAAUUGGCAGUGGAUCUGGAGGCUCUGGUGGUUAUGGAGGCGGCGGUGGCCUGGGCGGGGGAUUCGGUGGUGGAUCUGGAGACGGUGGAAGCCACGGAUCCGGUGGACAUGGGGGUUCUGGCGGCGCUGGAGGUUACGGCGGGGGUGGUGGCCUAGGCGGUGGAUCUGGCGAUAGUGGAUCCGGCGGGCAUGGUGGAUCCGGUGGUUACGGAGGUAGUGGAGGCCACGGGGGCAGUGACAGUGGGCACGGUGGAUGUGGCUCUUCCUCCUGUGGAUCUGGUGGAUCAGGGUCGGGCGCUUACGCAUCCGCCAGCGCGAAGGCUUCCGCGUCUGCAAGUUCUGGCGGCUACGGUUACGGAAAAUAGGUUAAAUAUUAGCGUGUAUAAGUAAGACUGUGAUCUUUUUAUAAUGUUCAAAUUAAAAUGUUUUUAUUUUUU